CGCAUACAACUAACUUAUACGGAACUUGUAAAUUGGCUGUUCCGCCAGUUAUGUUUACGACAGUGUAAAGUUUGGAAAGUUAGGGCAGCAGAGGGAAUAAACUAGCUUGGGGCAUUUUUCUCCCGGAAAAUCAUCUAGGACCAUCUCCACUCAAUGGGCGAUACAAUGCCAGGCAGUUUGUGAAAGUGGAUUGUGAAUUAACUCCAGGAUAAUCUAGUAAAGCAAGAUAUAUUGGCAGGGAUUAUCUAUUUUGCAGUCCAUUAACAGUGACUGGAAAAAAGUGAAGGAAUCAGUAGUUCCAAAAAACUGCCAAAAUGGAAUUGAGAAAUAUAGGUUUUGUUCUUAUAGUUCUCAAUGUGUUGCAAGGUGCCCUCUGCCAAGGUAAUGAUAACAGUCUGCAGCCGCAGUGCGAGCAGGGAAGUUGUUACCCAGCAACUGGCGAUCUAUUAAUAGGAAGAGAGGCCAACCUCACUGCAAACUCUACAUGUGGGUUGGACCGUCAGGAGCGCUACUGCAUCGUCAGCCACUUGGAUGAAGCCAAGAAAUGCUUUCUAUGUGACUCUCGAAGACCCUGGUCUCAGAAUUCUAGCAAUAGCCAUAGGGUUGAAAACAUUGUCUCCUCGUUCAGAGAGAGGAAAUUCAAGUGGUGGCAGGCGGAGAACGGUGUUCAGCGCACGUACAUUCAGUUAGAUUUAGAAGCAGAGUUUCAUUUUACUCAUUUAAUCAUGACCUUUAAGACGUUCCGACCCAAGGCGAUGUACAUAGAGCGCUCAUAUGACUUUGGGAAUUCUUGGAAAAUUUAUCGGUAUUUCGCCUAUGAUUGUUCCAAAUCUUUCCCUGGUGUGCCAACAGGUCCCGUACGAAAAUUAACAGACGUGAUCUGCGCAUCUCGAUACUCCGAUGUUGUACCUUCCACUGAAGGAGAGGUGAUAUUCCGUGUUCUUCCUCCAUUCAUCCGCAUCAACGACCCAUACGCCCAAGAUGUUCAGGACCUGCUUAAGCUCACCAACCUCCGGGUCGUGUUCACAGAGCUACAUACACUAGGUGACAUUGUGUUUGACAGUCGCCCGGACAUCAAGGAGAAGUACUACUACGCGAUGUACGACAUGACCGUCCGCGGGAGCUGCUCCUGCUAUGGCCAUGCUUCCCGCUGCAUCCCCGUCUAUGGCUAUGACAGUAACCCGUUAAUGGUGAAUGGCCAGUGCGAGUGUACCCACAACACUAUGGGAUUGAAUUGUGAGCAAUGCAAGGACUUCUAUAAUGACAAACCAUGGCGACCUGCCCAGACCUCUGACACCAACGCCUGUGAAAAGUGUGAGUGUUACAACCAUGCCACGGCCUGCCACUUCGACGCAGGCGUGUACGAGUUGACAGGUAGACAGAGCGGAGGUGUGUGUGACGAAUGCCAACACAAUACCAUGGGGCGCAACUGUCAGGAGUGCCUGCCGUUCUACUUCCAAGACCCUAAUAGGGACCUCCGGGACCCAGAAAUUUGUCAGGUUUGUGAUUGUGACCCUGCUGGCUCCCUGUAUGAUGGAGAGUGUGAGCCUCGUAAUGAUGCUGAGCUGGGGACCGUGGCGGGCAGGUGCCUGUGCAAGACGUAUGUGACCGGUCGUCGGUGCGACUCAUGCGUUGAGGGCUACUGGAACCUUCAGGACGACAAUCCAAAUGGAUGCGAUGCCUGUACAUGUGACCCAAUGGGAACCCUGGAGAACUUUGGAUGUGACCAGUAUACCGGCUAUUGUACCUGCAAACGCUUUGUCACUGGGAAAAACUGUGACCAAUGCUAUCCUGGUUUCUGGGGGAUGAGCAACGACCUGAAUGGCUGCCGACCUUGUGACUGUGACGUAGGGGGAGCCACAAGCGAGGAGUGUGAUGUCACAACAGGCCAGUGCUCAUGUAAACCAAACAUUCAGGGUCGUCAGUGUCACCAGGUGCAGCCUGGGUAUUUUUUCACGCGGAUGGACUGGUACACUUAUGAGGCGGAGUUUGCUGACGGCAUCGGGAACACUCGAGUAUUCAUCCGAGAGCCUGUUUCUGGCUAUCGUGCUUGGACUGGGCCAGGAUACAUGCGCAUUAUGGAGGGGGAUGCUCUGAGAUUCACAGGGAUCAACGUGGACUUUCCAAUGUUCUACGACAUUGUCAUCAGAUACGAUCCCAGGAUGACUGAAAGAUGGGAGGACGUCCGCGUGAGUGUCAUCCGACCCGGACCCACUGACCCUGACGGCCCCUGUGCCAAUGCCAUCCCCCAGGACGAUAACAAGGUCACCAUGCUUCAGCCAGGUGCGCGGUUUGUAUCCGUUACGCCAACAGCAUGUCUGGAGAAUGGUGUCAACUACACCAUCAGGAUCGAGUUUAGACGAUACAAGAGUGACCGCGUGACACCUGAUGCAACUGCCCUCAUUGACUCCAUCGUGCUGAUGCCCAACACCGACAGCAUUCCCAUUUUCCAAGGACCUGGCCUUCCUGAGUACAUGAAGAAUGAGUACAUGCGUUACCGCUGCCGCGAGCUGCAACUCCAUGUGCACCAGCCAGAGUUGCCCGAACUCUGCAAGAAACACGUUUUCAGUAUCUCGGGGAUACUCCACCAUAGAGCGUUGGAGUGUGACUGUGACUUGACUGGUUCACUCAGUUUUGAGUGUGACAUGGUGGGAGGCCAAUGUAAGUGUAAGGACAAUGUUGUGGGACGACGCUGCGACCAGUGUGCACCGGGAACCUAUGGGUUUGGACCCAAUGGCUGUAAACCCUGCAACUGUCAUGCCAUCGGAGCGAGAGACAACUUCUGUGAUAUUGAGACUGGUCAGUGCCUGUGCAUCCCCAACGUUCAUCGACGCAUCUGCGAACAAUGCCAGCCCGGAUUCUACGGUUUCCCAUAUUGCCGUGCCUGUGAUUGCAAUGGAAACGCUGAAACAUGUGACGAUCUGACAGGUGCCUGCCAUAAUUGUACGGACUACACAGCUGGUGAACGCUGUGAGAGAUGUCUGGAUGGCUACUAUGGAGACCCGCGUCUCAAUGUUCGUGAGCCCUGCAGGCCCUGCAUGUGCCCCAAGGGCCCGAAUCACCCGGCACAGCACGCAGACUCCUGCUUCUUUGACCCUCGUCUGGAAUAUGUUGUCUGCCAGUGUGACACUGGAUACAAAGGUCCUGACUGUGCAACAUGUGAUGAGAACUACUUUGGUAGCCCAACCCAGAUCAAUGGCACGUGUGACCAGUGUGACUGCAGCGGGAACAUCGACCCGGAUGAUGUCGGAAACUGCGAUCCAAGCACUGGGGAAUGCCUUAAGUGCCUGUUUCACACUGAGGGGUUCAACUGCGAGGUGUGCGAGCCUGGUUUCUAUGGCAACGCUCUGAAUCAGAAUUGUAUUGAAUGCAUUUGUAAUCAAAUCGGCACUAAUCUGUCCGCGGGUUUCUGCAAUCGUGACACUGGACAGUGCCCCUGUCUGCCGAACGUUGUGGGCAAGAGGUGUGACAUGUCGGCACCUGGAUUCUGGAACAUGACACCUGGAAACGGCAGCAUUGGGUGCCUUUGUGAUCCAGAUGGUUCCUUUGGCAUUGAGUGCAAUGAGGUGACAGGCCAGUGUGACUGCAGGCCGGGUCGUGGAGGUCGCACGUGUAGCGAAUGUGAGAAUCUCUACUGGGGUGAUCCUAACGACAAGUGCUAUCCCUGUGACUGUGACAACCAGGGUUCUGCCCAGCUGCAGUGUGACCGCAAGUCUGGUCAGUGUGUCUGCCUGCUGGGCAUCAGUGGUUACAAGUGUGACCGGUGUGACCGCGGGACAACUGGAGAGCUGCCAAACUGCGUACCGUGCGGAGAUUGCUUUGAUAACUGGGACAGGAUUGUACGCGAUUUGAGAGGCCAAACAAACAUCCUUAUGGAAAAAGCCCGCAACAUCCAGAUAGAGGGAGCCUCAGGAGCCUUUGACAAGGAGUUCCGAGUGAUGGAGGAAAACCUUGCAGAGGUUCGCAAGAUCAUCGCCAGCGCUGGGGUGUCGUCUUACGAUGUUGAAGAGUUAGAGAAAUUACUGAACAAAAUAAGGUUAAAUCUCACUGCGAACGUGGAACAGCUGGAUUCUAUGGACGAGCAGUUGGAGUUCACGAUGGAGCGUGUUCAGCAGGGCAACAGCCGCAUCGCAUCCCUGCAACUGGGAGUACAAGAGCUUAACAGGAAGGCCGAACAGCUGCGGAGGAACGCCAGUGACAUUCAGGCGCAGGAUGUGGAAGGUGCAUUUAACAUAACGCGUGAGGCACAACUGCGUUCCCAGGAUGCACAGGCUUUGGUUGAUGGCACGGCUAAGUACCUGGCAGACUCUGCAGAGGUCAGGGGUCGCGUGGAAUCCCUGCUUGAGGUCAGCCUCAGGGACUUCAACGCAAGUCUUGACAGCAACAUGGAAGAGUUGAGGAAACUUGACGCAGACGUGAUCGCGCUCAGUGACAAGAUUACAGAUAUAAACACCAUGGUGUGUGAUGGAGCAGGGAACCCAUGUGAUGAUGUCUGUGGUGGCGGUGGGUGCGGGAAAUGUGGCGGCGCUAGCUGCGGGCAGGGCGCCUCCCAGAAGGCUGUGAACGCCCUUGACCUCGCCACGAAGGCAGAGGCUCAGUUGAGGCUCAAAGAACAGAACGCACAGGGUCUCGCUACAAAUGUGACGGCUGCUCAUGACCUGUCCCAGAUGGCACGGCAGGAAGCUCAAAUGGCAUUUGAUGAGGCUUCCAAGGCUAAGAAAGCGUCUGAAGACACGAGGUCUGACCUUGAAAAGCUCAUCAACAAGGUCAAGGACUUCAUGCGCAUGGACGGGGCCUCACCUGAUAACAUUGAACAGAUGGCGAACGAGGUCCUGGCAAUGACAAUCUCGCUUCAACCAGAGCAGGUGCAACAGCUGGCCCAGAAGAUCAAUGACACGAUCCAGGGCCUGCAGAACAUUGACGACAUUCUGGAGGACACACGUGAGGACCUCUCCACCGCUCAGAGGCUCAAGAUGCGGGCUGAAAACGCAUCGCGUGCGGCUGCUGCCAUCCUGGAGACAGCUCAGGGUGUCCUGAAGGCACUCAAUGGGUCUAAAGAGGCCCAGGACAAGGCAUUGAUUGCUAUCGAGAAAGCCGACAGUGACAUCAAUAAUGCACAGACAGAUCUUACACAGAUUGAGUCUGAGACGACCGCGGCGGAGGAGAAGUCUCGCAAGACGAUGGACAACGUGGACUCGCUACAGCAGGGCCUGGAGGAUCUACAGAAGAAGAUCAAUGAGAACAACUUCCAUCUGCAGAACGCUGAGAACACCGCCACAGAGGCUGCAAACCUCGCAAACAGAGCGGCUACUAGCGCUCAAGAGCUGGAGAACCGCUAUCCGGACGUGCUCAAUCGGCUUAACAUCAAGUACAACUCAACAGCCAACGCCAAGAGCCGCGUGGAGCAGCUGAGGAUGAAGGCGGACAAGAUGGCCACUGAGUCCACAACCAAGCUGCUGAAACUCAAAAGUAUGAACCAAGAGUUCACCAACUACGAAGAAGAGCUCGCCAAGUUGACGAGACGUAUAGAUGAAUAUAACGCGAACAUGACCAAGUACCUAGAAGAGAUUCAGCGCAAGGCGAACGACUAUCGGACAUGCACUACGUAGUCCUCAUCGAGGAUUAGCUAGCUAGGUUUCUUCAGGUUUAGAAGAAACAAGUUUUUCUUGCAAUAUAGUAAGAUACUUGUGUAGGUUAUAUGAUAGCUAUGCGUUCAUUUUUUGUUUGUGAGUGUGAAUGAUGAACGUUUGUAACUAGUUUGUUUUGUAUUACAUGAAUUUACUUUGUAAAGUAAGGGCACGUUUUGUGAAUAUGUUUGUUUCUCUGUACAGGUUUAACAUACAAGUUCAUGUUUGGUCUUAUAUUAGUCAAGAUAAGUAACGUUACAGUUUGAAAAAUAUUUUCUAAAUUAUAGAUUUAUUUAAAAAAGAAUGACUAUAUUUAAGACAAAAUGUAAAACAAUAAAAGCUUCUAUAAACAAAACAUGUACACAAAAAUAUUGUUUAAGUGCCAAAGACUUUUAUCCUUUAUGGUAUUUUACUAUAUGCAAUUAAAAAAUUGUUGUUUUUUAAAUGUCACAAAAUAUGUUAUUGCUCUAAUGAUAUUGCUCUUCAUUUUUUGUAGUAAACAUUUGAGUCUUUAAACUUCUUUGUCUGCCCUUGAUUAAGGAACCAUUUGGUUGAUUUUAUUAUUUACAUACUUAACAGUGUAUAUUGAAUGGUUUGUAGUUUUAAGGCCAGUAUUUUGUACUUAACUAUUUAUAGUGUGGCAAAUAGCUACAUAUGUGUUUUUAUUGCUAAGUGAUCAGGUGUUGUGAAACAAAGUGUCACAUAUUUAAAUUGACCAUUGCAUGUGUGUUUUAAUGCCCCCAGAUCGAAUGACCGGGGGUAUAUUGUUUUUGGCCUGUCUGUCUUUCUGUCUGUCAUUCUGUCCAAAAACUUUUACCUGACAGUAAAGUUUUGCAAUAACUUCUGAAAUAUUGAACAUAGCAACUUGAUAUUUGGCAUGCAUGUGUAUCUCAUGGAGCUGCACAUUUUGAGUGGUGAAAGGUCAAGGUCAUCCUUCGAGGUCAAAGGUCAACAACAAAGAAGCGGCGCAUUAGGGGGCAUUGUGUUUCUGACAAACACAUCUCUUGUUUCUUUUUGUGAAAAUUCUGAAUUAUGUUUUUUUUAUUUUCUUAUGAUUGGAGUUUUUUUAUUUGUUAGAACAUAUUAAUAAGUCGUAAUGAAAGUUUUUACAUCAAUUGAAUGUCUUUCGCAAUUUCUUUUUCUUCAGUUUUGCUUUUAUUCCUUUUUUAUUUUAUCUUUGCGUGCCAUAAAAAUGUCAGGUCUAUAUCCAAAUGUGUUAAGCUCCUUAGUUUCCCGGCUAUAUUCUUAAGAUAUUGUACAAUCCUAAUUUUAUUCAGCUUAUUCACAUAAAAUAAAGGUUAAGUUUAAGUGUGUUUCUUUCUUAAAAUAAUAAUGAUGUUACAUUUUAAUGUUACUGGAUAACUUUUGUAUAAAUUGCAUAAGUUUUAAGGCUUUUAACAAUAUGGACCUCCAUAUUGUAUUUCUAUUUCUUGUAUUUUUCUUGUAUACACAUGAUUGUGAACAUCCAUGUUUUGCCAAAAUGUUCAUGACAGAAUGUCGGCAAUGUUCAACGAACGUGUAUCUUGUGUAGAUCUUUCUAUUUGUUAUAUUUGUGUAAACUUUUAGUCCAUGUACCGGUAUACAUUUUGUGUGAAUAUUUGUUAUCUUAAAACUUACUUUUAUUUUCAUUAUUAUGUCAUAAUUCUGCAUGUUUCUGUUUUGAUAUAAUUUGAACAGUAAUGGAAGGGAUUUGCAUGUAUUUUAAAUUUUCUCAUCCAUUUUCAUAUCUGGUUAAUUGUUUAAGGAACUUUUUUGCGCGUACAUUGAAAAAGGGUAAAGUCAAAUCCUUGCCUAUCUGGGCAGAAUAAUAAUUGUUUUUCUGACUUAUAUGUUCCAUUUUUAUAAUCACCUUUAGUGAAUUUAAAAACAAAUGGUUACACUUUCUAUACAAUUUUCUUCAAGAUUCUCAAUCUCAUGAAAAACUUUGCUGAUGAAUGACAUUUAAACAAUUAACAUGACUGUUAGAAAACUCUUAUUUAAUUUCUUCAUUGAAGUGUAACAUUAAAGGGACAUUUCAAGUUUCCUUAUUUUCUUUACUUAACAGUAAGUUAAGAAAGUAUUGUUAUGCUACAUUGCAUGAUUUCUAUUACUGUGUUUUUACAUUUUUAUCUGACAUUUGUAAAUGUUGCCAUUUAUUUUCUUCCCAUUUUGUAAAUUCAUAUAUUUUAUGUUUCAACUGGUUGUUUGCUGUUUUGUAGAGUUUGAACUGCCUUAUGCUCAGCAAUAUUGAAACCAGUCACUUUAUUGUAACCAAAGAAUUCUCUAAAAUUUAAUUAUUUUGCUUUCUCAGUUGAAUUAUCCGAAUGGAUAUUAAAUAAUUAUAACUCUCUGAUUAUACUCCUUUAAUUGACGUUUCGGCAUAAUGCCUUUAUCAAAACAUUGGAUAUGUUAAUGUAAAAAUGUAGGUAACAUAUAAUUUCCAGAGUAUUUUGCUUUCUUUUACUUUUUACUUUGCUUAUAUAUUUGAGAAUGUAUUAUAAUGUGAACAUUUUAGUUGUAAUAUAUUUAACUGUCAGAAAAAACAACCAUUAACAUUAACAGCAUAUGGUUUCACAGAUUAGUAUAAUAUAAUUUGCUUAAAUAGUUAAAACGAAUAUGUCUACUUAUUUUUUUACCAAUACCCCCAAAGUAAUCUUUUAAUGUAGAAACUUUGAAAACCAUUUACAAUCUGUUAUGAUUUUCAUUAGUUUUUGUGACUGCUGAAUUUUAGUACCAUAUCUGUGCCAAGGAGUUGUGAAUUAUUUAUUUGUAUGUGUCAUUCAUAUACAUGUACCCAUAUGUUUGAAAAAUAAGUGUCAUGUAGAGUAAUAGUUCAAAUACCUCAAUGUUACACAAUUUAGUCAAUCUACUUUUAAUCUACUGGAUUUAUUACCCACAUUAGAAAUAUGUUUAGUUAGCCAUGCAUGCCCAUACUUAUGUUAAACAAAAUAUUUGUUAUUUCUUGUAUUAUAAUAUAAACAAAAAAGAAGAAUGGUAGAAUGUCAAAAACAAUAUUUUAAAAUUUGAAAUUUCAAAGGAUUUUCCCUCAAAAUUGCUCAAAUGGCCCAUUUUUGUAGUUUAUCAAACUGAAUUUUUGUGUUACUAAAGCACAUUAAAAACUAUACUGUUCUACCACGCUUUGUUCUACCACGCUUUGUCAGAUGUUCUAUGUAGCAAAUAUUCUUUAAACCAUGUACAUGUAUAGCUUUAAUAAAUUGAUUGAGCAUAAUAAAAAAACUUAAAUUAUGUCUGCCAUGUCUUUUUAUGUCCCCCACCACUAUAGUGGGGAACAUACUGUUUUUGCCCUGUUUGUUGCUUGGUUUGUUUGUUUGUGUGUUUGCGUCAAACUUUAACAUUUGCCAUAACUUUUGCAAUAUUAAAGACAGCAACUUGAUAUUUGGCAUGCAUGUGUAUCUCAUGGAGCUGCACAUUUUGAGUGGUAAAAGGUCAAGGUCACCCUUCAGGGUCAAAGGUCAAAUAUAUAGCUUCAAAGCGGCGCAGAAGGGGACAUAGUGUUUCUGACGAACACAUAUCUUGUUCAGCUUAUUUUUACUAGAAUAAGUAAAUUUUAUCAUUUGCAUUUUGUAUGCACAAACUUAACUGGCAUUAUUUAUAGCCAAGUUUUCUUUCUUAUUCUCAUUUUCUUUCAUUUUAGAUCUAUACAUACCAGUACUAAAUUGAAACUGUUCAGCAUGAUAUUUGCAUUUCUUAGAUCUGUUGUUGACGGAAAGAGUUGUCCCAAUCGUACAGAUACCUGAAAUGUUUCAUUUCAAAGUUUUUAUGCUGUAUAAUUGACAUGUACUCAUCACACUAUUGCUCGAUUGGUCAUUGUCGGCUCGGAUACUACUUACAUGUACCCCGGGUACACUUAAGUAUACUUACAUGUACCCCUGGAACAAUAUAUGUACUUACACGCACCCGGAAAUUUUAAAGCUAAUUCUGUUGUUGUCGGCUAUUUUUUUUAUUAAUUAUGUUCGUAUUUAUGUUAAUUUUCUGUUAAAUGUCCUCUAUAUUAUCGAAACUCAUCUUCAAAAAGUAUUUUGAUGAAGUUUUUUUUACAAAUAUAAGUUUGUUUCGCAAUUAAGGUAAUCGGUAGCGUGUUUUAUGACAUCGGAUUUUGGUCCGGAAUAAAACUUGGAUACAGUCUAAUAUCGGCCGGGUACGUUAAGUAUAUUUACCGUACCCGGGGCACAUGUAAGUAUACUUACAUGUUAUCUGGGUACAUGUAAGUAGUACCCGAGCCGACAAUGACCAAUCGAGCCACACUAUUAAUAUGUAUACAUUUUGGUUAUUACUUUUGUAUACGAUUAGUACGAACAAUAAAACAGCAGUCCCUCCAGAUACUGGAGCAUUUGUGGGCCUUUACUUUUGUGACUUUUGGUAUGUUGGGCAAAGUCCCUUUACUUGACAUUAAAUCUUUAAAGUUA